AAUCUGAACGCACCCCUAGAUGGGCUUUUAAUCACCAUGUAAUUUCAUCCUAAUUCGAGGAAACGGUAACGGUAUCUCGAACAUCAUUCGAAAAGAUUGAGAUUUAUAACGCAAAGCAUAAAAUUGCAUAUAAAUAAAGAAACUAUAUUUAAUAUAUCGUGGCUCUUCUUUCACAUGUAAUCAAUAUGAAUGAUAGACAUAAUUCUCUUGAUUAUAAAAAUAUUUCUCUUAUGCUAACAGGAGAAAUAAGUUCGGCUUGUAUAAAAAGAAACAAUUUAAUGCAGCCUACAAAACAUACAAGUGUAUCUUUUAUGGAUAAUAUGGAGGACGAUGACGAAAAAUUUAUCUUAGAUUGGAAAAAAAAUAUUGAUAAAAGUUCUAUAACCACAGAUGUUCAGGGGACAUCCAGAGAACAUCCUGAGGAAGUCCUGAAGACAUUUCUUCGUCCUCAAGACGUCCUUAGGACGUCCUCAAAAGAUCUUGUGCUGUCUGGAUCAUUUCCUACAAAUGCUACAGUUUUCACUCCUUCUAUAGCAUUUAAUAAUAUUGAUAGGAAUUUCAGAAACAAAGCUAAUCGAUUUCUUUUUCACAUAACUUCAAACAUGCAGAAAAAUCCACAAGUGAUAACGCCAGCAAGUAAGAUUUUUGCCGAAACAGAAAUUGAAGAAAUGAUUUAUUAUGAAAUGAAGUAUUUAACACAGCCUCAAAAAAUUAAUUAAGUAAUUUAUAAUGUGUUCUAUAUGUCGCAAUAUUGUUUAUCCAUAUAAUUCAUUGAUA